AUGGGUAGCACAUUCAAUUCACAGAUUUUAGUGGAAAAACUAGCCAAGCUGAAUGGCUCGCAGACAAGCAUAGAGACUUUGUCACAUUGGUGCAUAUUUCAUAUGAACAAAGCCAAACAAGUUGUCGAAACGUGGGAUAAACAGUUCCAUUGCUCUCCUCAUGAAAAGAAAUUGACAUUUCUGUUCCUUGCAAAUGAUAUUUUACAAAACAGCAGGCGAAAGGGUUCUGAAUUUGUUGGUGAAUUUUGGAAGGUUCUUCCAGAUUGUCUUCGAGAUGUCACUCAAAAUGGAGACGACCAUGCAAGGAAUGAAGCAUUUCGACUGAUUGGUAUAUGGGAAGAAAGAAAAGUUUUUGGUUCUCGUGGUCAAAGUCUUAAGGAAGAAUUUAUUGGGAAGCAUGCGGAAAACAAUAACCGUGAUUUGAAACCUAUGAACGCGAAACCUACAAAUGCGAAACCUAUGAACGUGAAACUGAGGCCAUCUGCCGGAAAUGUGUUGGAUAAAAUAGUUUCGGGCUAUCAUCAUAUUUAUGCAGGGCAGACAGAUGAAGAUGUUGUAUUAAGCAAAUGCAGGAAUGCCAUUAGCUUUCUUGAGAAAGCAGAUAAGGAAAUAGUUCACGGUAGUAAUUCAGGGAACUUCCAUGGAUCUGCAGUAGUGAAUGACCUACAGGGGCAUAAUGCCAUACUAAAGGACUGCAUUGAGCAGUUAACAACACUAGAAUCAUCAAGAGCUGGCCUUGUGUCUCAUCUGAGAGAGGCUCUUCAGGAUCAGGAAUUCAAGCUGGGUCAAGUUCGUAGCCAGAUCCAGGCUGCAAGUGCUCAGUGGGAACAUGCGAACAAUACUUGCCAACAAUUACUGAGCCACAACAAUGUUCAGUCAUUAGUUGAACAGAGCUCAAAGGAAAUUCAGAGCUCCAUGGCACCUGCAAGUUUUAUUUCUGGCGACAGAGAGCUAUCAGCCCCAUUAAUGUACUCACCACAAAUUAUGUUUCCUCAAAAUUCUGGACUCGGUGAGGGAGAUCCACGCAAGUCUGCAGCCGCUGCAGUGGCAGCAAAGCUGACUGCAUCCACAUCCUCCGUCCAAAUGCUGUCUUAUGUGCUAUCCUCUUUAGCAUCAGAAGGUGUCAUAGGCAAUCCGAUGACAGAGUCUUCUACUGAUUAUCACUCUGAUAAGAGGACUAAGCUUGAGAAUGAUGGGUCAUCUUAUGUGCCAUCUCACGUGCCAUCUCAGAAUCCUCAACAACCACUUCCUCCCUUUUCGCUUUCUGAACCUACCCAACACUAUGCAUCUUCAUCCAACCAGCAAUCUACUCCAAAUGAGCCACCACCUCCACCCUCAUCAUCACCUCCCCCACUACCCCCACCGCCACCAAUGCCUCAACAAUACCCUGUGCCGCAGUUCAUGCAGAAUGUAGGGCCUGUUAACAAUAUGGCAUAUAGCUAUGGCGUGAUUCAACAGCCGUCAAUGGCAGCCUAUCCUGGAGUUGGGAUUUCCAUGAACAAUGUAUCACCUUAUACACCUCCAAUGAAUCCAUAUCAGGGUUUUCAGGGUUCUGAUGGAAACUACUACAAUCCGUCCUCCUCAAUGCCUAUGGUCCCCAUCUCGCGCCAAUAG